AUGAUGCGACGCACGCUUAUACGAUACCUUGUCCUAACCCAAGCAAUGGUGUUUCGAGAUGUGGCCGCAGGUGUUAGGCGGCGUUUUCCGACAAUGAAUCAUCUCGUUACGGCUGGUCUUAUGACAGAAAAGGAACUUGAGCGAUUCAACUCGAUUAAAACGAAGAAUGCAAAAUAUUGGGUACCGAUGCAUUGGUUAUUCAGUUUGAUACGAGUUGCUAAAGAGGAAGGAAAAAUUCCUGGAGAAGUCGUGUAUGUGGAUCUUAUGGAGGUAUAUUUAAAAAUAACGAAAGUUCAAUUUGAGAAAAUUCGACAGUUUCGCGUGCAAAUCCUAAGUCUUACGCUGUUCGAUUGGGUGCCGGUACCCCUAGUCUACACUCAGGUUGUUCACCUCGCUGUUCGCAGUUACUUCGCUAUCGCCUUAUUUGGCAGGCAAUACCUACAGCCGCAUCCGGACAGAGAUUUGAACAUUGACUCAGCUAAAACACGCAUACCAGGUAACUUUUUCACUACAGGCAACGCUUCGGCACUACCGCCAUCGUCAGAGCCCGGAAAGUCGAACAACUUAGUGAACCAAUUCGGACGCCAACGUCAUAACUCAAGAUAA